AUGAAGGACUUGGAAAACAGAACUGAUCAAGAUCAUCAAAUGGCUUCUCCUUUCUGUUUCUUUAAAAAGCCAUUAAUAUCAUGGGUUGUUGUUCUUGUUCUUUCUCCAGUUUUUGCUGGUUUUUUCAGCUUUGGGUUCUUAUCAUCAGUACUUCUCACAGCUAUAGUAUUGAUUAUAUCCACCGUUUUCUUCACAUUCACAAAGCAAAAACCAGCUUCAGUAGUAAACAACUCAGUCACUGAAGAGGCUAUUCCUGAGUCAACUGAUGAUCUCCAGGACGAUGUAUCAAUGAAGCAGCCUGAAAAUGAAACUGUGACACCGCACAAGGAAGAAGAACAAGAAGGAGAAUCGAUAGGGCAUCAGAUUCAUCAUGACUACUCAAACAGAUCGUCACCUGAUUUGCUAUCAGAAAGCGAAAGCUUUAAUCAGUUGUCAACUAGUGAAGAUUCUGAAGUGGACUGGCCAUUCAGAGAUAUUGUGUACCAGAGUCCAGAUUGCUCUGAUGGAUCUAUUUCUGAUGAAGAAAGUCUCAUUGAAAUUGCUCUUCCGAGUGGGCACUAUGUUGGGCAUAAGGAAGAAGUUGUUCCCAAGUUUAGUAGUUUGCAGCAGUCCAUUCUGAAGCAACAUAGUUUAAUGGAACUCUUGGCAGAGAUUAAUGACAUGAAUGAAGAAGACAACUUGAUUGAGAUUGACAUAUCCAUGGGCUCCAUCAAGUGUUCAAGGUUUGAGAUUGAAGCAUGA